AUGGGGAACCGCAGCGCCGCGGACGCGGACGGGCUGCUGGCUGGGCGCGGGCCCGGCACGGGCGGCGGGGCGGGGGGCCCCGGGGCGGCGGCGGCGCUGGCGGGGGGCGUGCUGCUCAUCGGCGCGGUGCUCGCAGGGAACUCGCUCGUGUGCGUGAGCGUGGCGGCCGAGCGCGCCCUGCAGACGCCCACCAACUACUUCAUCGUGAGCCUGGCGGCCGCCGACCUCCUGCUCGCCCUGCUCGUGCUGCCUCUCUUCGUCUACUCCGAGGUCCAGGGCGGCGUGUGGCUGCUGAGCCCCGGACUCUGCGACGCGCUCAUGGCCAUGGACGUCAUGCUGUGCACGGCCUCCAUCUUCAACUUGUGCGCCAUCAGCGUGGACAGGUUCGCAGCGGUGGCCGUGCCGCUGCGCUACAACCGCCAGGGCCGCGGCGGCCGGCAGCUGCUGCUCAUCGGCGCCACGUGGCUGCUGUCGGCCGCGGUGGCGGCACCCGUGUUGUGCGGCCUCAACGACGCGCGCAGCCGCGAUCCCUCCGUGUGCCGCCUGGAGGACCGCGACUACGUGGUCUACUCGUCCGUGUGCUCCUUCUUCCUGCCCUGCCCGCUCAUGCUGCUGCUCUACUGGGCCACGUUCCGGGGCCUUCGGCGCUGGGAGGCAGCCCGCCGCGCCAAGCUGCACGGCCGUGCAACCCGCCGCCCCAGCGGCCCCGGCCCGCCGCCCCCCGACGCCAUCCCGGCCCCAGACUGCAUCCCGCCCCCCGACGCCCCGACGCCCCCCGACGCCAUCCAGGCCCCCGAUGCCGCCCCGCCCCCCGACGCCACCCCAACCUCGGAUGCCGUCGUGCCCCCGGACGCCAUGCCGGCCGAACCCCCGCUGCGGGCCCGCAGGAGGAGACGCGCCAAGAUCACGGGCCGGGAGCGCAAAGCUAUGAGAGUCCUGCCUGUGGUGGUCGGGGCCUUUCUGCUGUGCUGGACGCCCUUCUUUGUCGUGCACAUCUCCCGGGCGCUGUGUCCCACGUGCGCCGUGCCCCCGCGGCUGGUGAGCGCGGUCACCUGGCUGGGCUACGUCAACAGCGCCCUCAACCCCGUCAUCUACACCAUCUUCAACGCCGAGUUCCGGACCGUCUUCCGCAAGGCUCUGCGCCUCGGCUGCUGA